AAAACAGGAGGAAGUACGGUUCCCCACGGGGGCACCUUUGCAACCACUGAUCCCGGGGGCACUUUUUGUGCAGAAGAAGUACCACUUGAUGCGCGUGGCAGUUCCAGAAGCCUAGCGGGGCGGCGGGAGGCAGAGUCGUCUCGGGGACUCUUGAGAGGGCGGGGGCAUGACCUGGACAUCGGGGACUCACAGGCUCCUAGGGCUGCGAUUGCUGCUGUCAGGACUCUGCUUGUGCGCGGCUCAAAGAGGUCCCCCAGGUGAGCAGGGUCCCCCGGGGCCCCCGGGCCCCCCUGGAGUUCCGGGCAUCGAUGGCAUCGACGGUGACAGAGGUCCAAAGGGUCCCCCGGGCCCCCCGGGUCCUCCUGGAGAACCAGGAAAGCCAGGAGCUCCUGGCAAGCCUGGCACACCGGGCGCUGACGGAUUAACAGGGCCUGAUGGAUCCCCUGGCUCUGUUGGACCAAGAGGACAAAAAGGAGAACCGGGGGUGCCGGGAUCCCGUGGAUUUCCAGGCCGUGGUAUUCCUGGACCCCCUGGUCCUCCUGGGGGAGCAGGUCUUCCUGGAGAGCUCGGCCGUGUCGGACCGAUUGGUGACCCUGGGAAAAGAGGACCACCUGGCCCCCCUGGACCCCCAGGACCCAGUGGAACGAUUGGCUUUCAAGAUGGAGAUCCAUUGUGUCCCAAUGCCUGUCCACCAGGUCGUUCAGGAUACCCUGGCAUACCUGGCAUGAGGGGUCAUAAAGGGGCUAAAGGAGAAAUUGGUGAACCUGGACGACAAGGUCACAAGGGUGAAGAAGGUGACCAGGGAGAGCCAGGAGAAGUUGGAGCUCAAGGACCUCCAGGAACUCAAGGAUUGAGAGGUAUCACUGGCAUAACUGGGGACAAGGGAGAAAAAGGUGCUCGGGGCUUCGAUGGAGAACCUGGGCCUCGAGGUAUUCCUGGUGCACCCGGUGAUCAAGGACAGCGUGGGCCUCCAGGAGAAGCAGGUCCCAAAGGAGACAGAGGGCCUCAAGGUUCCCGAGGAAUUCCGGGCCUCCCUGGGUCCAAAGGAGACACGGGCUUGCCAGGUGUCGAUGGCCGUGAGGGGAUACCUGGAAUGCCUGGAACAAAGGGUGAACCAGGGAAACCUGGGCCUCCUGGUGAUGCAGGAUUGCAGGGGUUACCUGGUGUGCCUGGAAUUCCUGGUGCAAAGGGUGUUGCUGGUGAAAAGGGUACCACUGGUGCCCCAGGGAAACCUGGCCAAUUGGGGAAUUCAGGCAAACCGGGUCAACAGGGACCGCCAGGAGAGGUGGGACCCCGAGGGCCCCGGGGGCUUCCUGGCAGUAGAGGAGAAAUAGGACCAGUGGGACCCCCAGGCCCACUAGGCAAACUGGGUUCCCCGGGGAGCCCUGGCCUCCCAGGCUUGCCCGGCCCCCCUGGACUUCCUGGAAUGAAAGGUGACAGGGGUGUAGUUGGUGAACCUGGUCCAAAGGGUGAACAGGGUCCACCUGGUGAAGAAGGUGAAGCAGGAGAAAGGGGUGAACUUGGAGAUACAGGAUUACCUGGAGCAAAGGGAACUGUGGGUAACCUCGGGGAGCCUGGCUUGAGGGGGCCUGAAGGAGGUCGGGGGCUCCCUGGAGUGGAAGGCCCGAAAGGACCGCCUGGACCCCGAGGCGUGCAGGGAGAACAGGGUGCCACUGGCCUGCCUGGUAUCCAGGGCCCUCCGGGGAGAGCACCAACAGAUCAGCACAUUAAGCAGGUUUGCAUGAGAGUCAUGCAAGAGCAUCUCGCUGAGAUGGCUGCCAGCCUCAAGCGUCCGGACUCAGGAGCUUCUGGCCUCCCUGGGAGGCCUGGUCCCCCUGGUGCCCCAGGGCCCCCUGGAGAGAAUGGCUUCCCAGGCCAGAUGGGACUUCGUGGCCUCCCAGGCAUUAAAGGUCCCCCUGGUGCUCUCGGUUUGAGGGGGCCUAAAGGUGACUUGGGAGAAAAGGGGGAGCGUGGCCCUCCAGGAAGAGGUCCCAAGGGCUUGCCCGGAACUACAGGUCUCCCAGGCGAUCCGGGCCCUGCCAGCUACGGGAGGAACGGCAGGGAUGGCGAGCGAGGCCCUCCUGGGGUGGCAGGAAUUCCUGGUGUGCCUGGCCCCCCGGGCCCUCCUGGUCUCCCUGGUUUCUGCGAGCCAGCCUCCUGCACCGUGCAGGCUGGGCAGCGGGCCUUCAGCAAAGGGCCAGUUCAGUGAAAGGUGUAGUGCUGCGUGGCUGUCAGCAAACACUGCCCCUGGCAAAGGAGCUGGGAGGAGAAACACCACCGAAGCUGGGGCAAGUGAUGGCAGUGUGUUACCUUCAACAUUAUUACAGGAGUCCUGCUUGAUGAUCUGAUAGAACAAUGGUGCUAUUCCAUAAACCCUCUCUCCUUUCCCUCAGAGAGAAGACAGCAGAGUUAUCAGUACAAACAAACAAAACCUCCCUUUAAAUAAAUUUAUAAUCCUGUUCCCAGGAUCUUGAACUUUAGUGUGCUAUACAUAUGUGAUAUAUGGUGGGCCACUGUGCCAAUAAACAAAACAACUGUUUGGUUUACCUCAGUUGCAGUAGUUAUUUUAUUUAGAUGUCCUCAGAUUACCAUUAGGCUAUGCAGAGGAUCACAGACUAGUUAUGAAGAAACCCCACUGCAGUCCGUAGAAUUGGUGCUUCAAGUCCCCAGCAAUGUGCUCCCUCCAGAGCGGCAAGAGAGUGCCGGGCCACGUGGGAUGAUUUCACAGCGCAUGCUGGUUUUCACGGUCGGCCUGAAUCUUUGUUGAAUUGUACUGUAUCCCAAACCUAUUAACAGUUUGAGCUCUUUUAUAUGAAAGUAAAGGGGGGAUUUUACUUUCUGCUUUUUUAAAAAGAUAUUUUACUUUUUUCAUUUCAUCCUGCCAUGCAUAAGAUUUAUUGAUGAGAUUAUUUAUUUUAAAGGUUGAGGUAACAUCUCUGGUUGUGCCCAAGAAAAAAUAAAUAUGGUUUCUUAAUCUCUUGCAUGUUUUCUUGUAAAUAAUCAUGUUCAAUAAAAAGAAGUCACUGAACUUAUUUAGAUACAUUACAAAUUGUAACUUAUGGUAUUUCUCUAGGUA